AUUUAUCUUCCGAAAAAAAAAAUAAACGUUGAAAUUAUUAACCAGGUUUCCUAUAUAUAUGCCACCUUAUUUUCCUUGUCGAACAUUAGUUGAACCAUGAGCCCUGCGAAGUGUCAUGAUCAAGAAUCUGGACGGAUGCGGGGGAUCAAUGGCGCUCGUCCUUUGCCAUUGAAGGUCAGCAAGGAAUCCCAUCUCAUACACAGAUCACCUUCUCAUAGCUCCACUUCAUCCUCCACUAACAAUUCUUCAUCGUCUUCGUCUUCGCAUCUGGUGGCUGAUGUAUCCAUCGUCUCCUUGCCUGAUAAUAAGCCACGGCAGAAGAAGCAGCCCGUCAUCAUUUACGCGCAUUCACCGAAGGUCAUCCACACCCAAGCCUCCGAUUUCAUGGCACUGGUUCAGAAGCUCACGGGAUUUUCACGGUCUGAUGAGGAGGAGAUUGCACUGUCUCCGCCAAAGUACGUUGGUGAUGACGAUGAGAAAUCAGUCGCCCAUGAAGAGAAAGGAUCACCACCUUUACCACGAAUGUCCGGUGAUAGCAGGAGCAAUCUCAACGUGAAGUUAUUGCCUAAAAUUAUUUCUCAGGUUCCCGGCCCGCCAAAUUCGUACUUGAAAGAUAUCCCUUUGUUCACCCCCAAUUCCAUGGAUCUGUUUUGUUCACCCCACCGGAGAACAUACAUGUGGCCUUAUGCUGGUAAUUCAAUCUCGCCUUCUGUUAUGGAGUUCAUGAACGGCUCCCAGAGUUUUGAUUAUUCAAGAUGACAGAAUAAUUCAAUCUCGCCUUCUCUAAGCUGGUACGAUUCUGCUAUGGUCGGUCUUAUCCUGCUGAAGCGCAACGAUGAUCGAUAUCGUUGAAUAAUUUACUCAUGUCCAUAUGUUUUGUUUUGUGCUUCCUCGAUGCAAUCUUUUUGGUAUGUCUUAUUCCGUAGCUAGUAGAUUUAAUUCAUUCUUUUUGUACUGUAAUGUGAAUUGAUAAUAAGAGAUAGACACUCUUCGCGCGA